AUGCCUACUCUCCAACAAAAAAAGGCAGAAGAUGAAGAAAGAAAGAAAGCUCCAGCUGCAGAGGAAGAAGCCCACUCCAAGGCUUUUCAGCCCGUCCGUCAGUUUGUGGAAGAACAUGUCACUGCGCUGGCCCUUGUUAAGAUUAGUCUUUUGAAAGAGAUGUAUUGCACUUUCAUGCAAACAAAUUGUCCAGAGUUUUACAAGUACUACAAGGCAUACAAGUUGAAGGAGAAACUUGUGAAGCACUUCCAGUCCAGGAUCAACUUCUGGCAGAGAUAUUCUGGGACAAGUGAUCUCGUGUACUCUGAUGAAAUUCCAACUGGGCAGAAUUCUAUUCUUGGACUCUAUGCAUUCUUUGGAGGUGAGGAGACUAGCGCUUUUGUCCAGAAAGGAAAGGCGAAGUCGCUCUCCAUUCUCCACAAGCACCCAGAGUUUGCUGUUUCAUUCAAGGAGCUGAGAACAUCCGAAACUGUUUCUUCAGAACUGUUUUCCAAUCUGGAAAACCAGUUGCAAGAGACAAGCACUCAAGCGAGGCAGAACCUGACCCUGAACACUGACCCCUUGACGUCAUCCGAGAACGUCACCACACGUCUGGCUUGGGACCCAUUGUGGAGGGUGACCACCUUACAUCGCUCACCAGGACUACAGGAGCCCGGCCGCGCUGUGACGCACGUGUUCCUCUCCGUGCUGCUCACCCUCGCCCUCGCCGGCCUCAUUCUUAUCCCGGGACUUCGCCGCUCAGCAAAGCUUCUGUGUGUGCUCACCUCCGUUAUGCUGAUGGUUGCACUGGCCGUGCUGGUGGGGGCGGGGAUAAACGGAACGGCAGCCAGUGGUGUGGCGUCUCUGCUUUAUCCUAACUUCCAGACAUUGACCAACCCUCGGGCCUGGUUCUCCGCCGUCAACCAAUCACUGCUCACCCUGGGUGUCGGGGUCAAUGUCCUGCCGGUGCUGGCGUCAUAUCGUCGUUAUAACGGGGACACCUCACGGUGUGCUGUAACCGUGUGCUGUGUGGCUGUGUUCUGUCACGUGAUGUGCUCCAUGUGUGUCGCUGCUGUGUUACGAAACAACCUCCAUGACACAGUGAGGGAACAGGGCUCAGACCCGUCGUUUCUGUUCACGGCCCUGCCCUAUGAGCUGUCCACCUUCUCCCUGCCCACCCUGUGGACAUCGCUUUUCUUCAUCGUCGUUUUCCUCACCUCGCUCACCUCAGCUGUCGUCUUCCUGGAGAGUGUGGUGACCUCUGUUUUGGACCUGAGGGUGGAGCUAUCCCGGUGGAGAAUCCUGGUGAUGGCCGGCGUGCUGAGCGUGUGUCUACUGCUGGCGAUACCCCUGUGUACACAGGGUGGCGUAUUCAUCUUUCAGUUGUUUCACUGGGUCACACAGAGUGGAAUCUUCCUGAGCCUCAUCUGUGUGCUGCAGUGUUGUGUGGUCGCUUUUGUCUAUG